UCCAGGACUGCCAUCAAUUUGACUCAAAAUGACCUGACCGACCAAUGAACCCUGGCUUGGGAAGAAUGGCCGCUUCUCAUUUGUGAGCAGAAAUUUGAGAUCUCCUUCAAACCCCGCCCGUGUUGCCCCCUCCUCUCCCCUGCAGCUGUUUGCUGGAUAAAUUGCAGAGAGAGAAAAAAAAUACAAACCACUAUUACAGGUUAGUGUUUGCUCUAAUUACCCUUUUGGAAAACUGGACAAAAAAAAAAAAAGAAAAAAAGGACUAGACAUGUUACAGAUGGUGAAUCAGCAGAGAAUCAAGUCUCUGGAGAGGUGGCUUCAGGAGACUAAAAUCACCUUAACACAGAUUAAUGGACAGCGCAGAUAUGGUGCUCCUCCUCCAGGAUGGACUGGUCCAGUGCCGGGUCCAGGCUGUGAAGUCUUUAUAAGUCAGAUCCCACGGGAUGUAUUCGAGGAUGAGCUGAUCCCGCUGUUCCAGAGUGUGGCUCCGCUGUACGAGUUCCGCCUCAUGAUGAACUUCAGCGGGCAGAACCGAGGCUUCGCCUACGCCAAAUACGGAGACGUGGCUAGCAUGACCGCCGCCAUCCGGGCUCUAAACAUGUACCCACUUCAGGGUGGCUUCAAGCUCGCUGUCAAGAGAAGCACAGAGAAGAGGCAGCUGUGUCUUAGCAAUCUGCCUCCGAACACGAAGAGCAAGGAGCUGCUGACAGUGCUUCGGCAAAUCGCUGACGGAGUGGAGGGUGUCACCAUGAGGACCACCGGGCCUAAGGAAAAAGACGUCAUUGCGCUUGUGCUCUACUCCUCCCACUAUACUGCCUCCAUGGCCAAGAAAGUGUUAGUCGCAGCCUUAAAGGACCUGUGUGGCAUGAGCAUCUGCGUCCGAUGGUCACCUGGGAACGGCAAACCCAGACACGAGGAGCAUGGCGAAGAGAAUCCUCUCAUCCCUCCCGGUCUGAAACCAAUGGCCAUAAAUUGUUUAACACCUCCACGCUUUCAGCUCAGCCAAAACCCUAAACCUUCUCCAGCCGCUCUCCUUGACUCGCAAGUCAUCUCGCGGGCAGAUGGAUAUCCGACCUCACAGGUGAUGAGCAGAAUGUUGCCGUUGAGCAAGGAGGAGCCGUUACAUGACUCGGUGUACCAGCUGCGUUGGCUGUGUGAGCUUCACGGGCUUGGCAUGCCGCUCUACAAUGUGAGAUACGACCACACAGGCUCAGACGGUCUCCUGUAUUUCACCUACAAGGUGGUGGUGUCAGGGCUGGCCAUACCCUUCUACGGCAUCACCCAUGUCCUGCCCAGCACCUCCACCAGCAACAUAGAGGCUGAGGUUCAUCGAGCAGCUGCCAAGCAGCUACUCAAUGCCAUGCGGAAGCAUUGUGUGAUGUUUGAUUUGUUUGGUUUUCUGAGUUUUUGGAGUGAUUUUGCUGUGGUUGUGUUGCUGCUUUGUGUUGAAACGUAUUAAAAGAAUUGUUUAAAUGUC